UGCCUGAGCCCAGUUGCAACCUCUCGCCGGCAGCUGCUCCUCGCGGAGCGGGAGACGGAGCCGGACCCUGAGCGCGAGACGGGCUGAGACGGCUGCGAGGCGGCCCCGCCCCGGGGCUCCAUUGUUGCGGCGACUCCGGCUCUGCGGGCUGCUCGGCUCCGUCUCGCUCGGCCAGGGCACCUCCGGCAAGGACAAUGGAAGAGUUAAUCGUUGAACUUCGUCUCUUUCUUGAACUCCUGGACCAUGAAUAUCUAACCUCAACUGUCAGGGAGAAAAAGGCAGUUAUCACAGACAUCCUGCUGAGGAUACAGUCAUCCAAAGGUUUUGAAGUGAAAGAUCAUGCUGCGAAGCCAGAGACCCCCAACAGCCUGCCGGCCCCUCCCCAGAUGCCUCUGCCAGAGAUCCCGCAGCCGUGGCUGCCGCCUGACAGCGGGCCACCACCGCUACCGACAUCCUCUCUCCCGGAAGGCUACUACGAGGAGGCCGUGCCGCUGAGUCCCGGGAAGGCUCCGGAAUACAUCACCUCAAAUUAUGACUCAGAUGCAAUGAGUAGCUCUUACGAAUCAUAUGACGAAGAGGAGGAAGACGGAAAGGGGAAGAAAACGCGGCACCAGUGGCCCUCGGAGGAGGCCUCCAUGGACCUGGUAAAGGAUGCCAAGAUCUGUGCCUUCCUGCUGCGGAAGAAACGCUUCGGGCAGUGGACCAAGUUACUCUGCGUCAUCAAAGACACCAAACUACUGUGCUACAAAAGUUCCAAGGACCAGCAGCCCCAGAUGGAACUGCCGCUCCAAGGUUGCAACAUUACAUACAUCCCAAAAGACAGCAAAAAGAAGAAGCACGAAUUGAAAAUUACUCAGCAGGGAACAGACCCACUUGUUCUUGCUGUCCAGAGCAAGGAGCAGGCCGAACAGUGGCUGAAGGUGGUCAGAGAGAUCUACAGCGGCUGCAGCGGGCCAGCAGACUCGGAAUGUCCUCCGCCCUCCAGCUCCCCGGUGCACAAGGCAGAACUGGAGAAGAAACUGUCUUCAGAGAGACCAAGCUCAGAUGGGGAGGGUGUUACAGAAAAUGGAAUUGCUGUGUGUAACGGAAAAGAACAAGUUAAGAGGAAAAAAAGUUCCAAAUCAGAGGCCAAGGGAACUGUGUCUAAAGUCACCGGGAAAAAGAUCACCAAGAUCAUCGGUUUGGGAAAGAAAAAGCCAUCGACGGAUGAACAGACCUCCUCAGCGGAGGAGGAUGUGCCUACUUGUGGCUACCUGAACGUGCUCUCCAACAGCCGCUGGCGGGAGCGCUGGUGCCGCGUCAAGGAGAACAAGCUCAUCCUCCACAAGGACAGGGCCGACCUGAAGACCCACAUCGUCUCCAUCCCGCUCCGUGGCUGCGAGGUCAUCCCGGGGCUGGACUCCAAACACCCCCUGACGUUCCGGCUGCUUCGCAACGGCCAGGAGGUGGCCGUGUUGGAGGCAUCUUCUUCUGAAGACAUGGGCAGGUGGAUUGGGAUUUUGCUGGCUGAGACGGGGUCCUCCACAGACCCUGGGGCCCUGCACUAUGAUUACAUAGACGUGGAGAUGUCGGCCAAUGUCAUUCAGACGGCCAAGCAAACCUUCUGCUUCAUGAACAGGCGUGUUCUGUCCACUAACCCGUAUGUAGGGAGCACCGCCAACGGCUACGCACACCCCAGCGGGACGGCGCUGCACUACGACGACGUCCCCUGCAUCAGCGGCUCGUGGGGACCCGACGGUGGCUUUCCCGCUCCCCGUGGCCGAGGCCUGGGAGAAGAGGCGCUCUAUGAUAACGCGGUCCUGUACGAUAACUUGCCGUCUCCGAAAAUCUUUGCUCGGUACCCUCCUGCUGACAGGAAGGCCGCUAGGCCAUCUCCUGACAAGCUGUCCUGUAACCACUACAAACACCCUGCCUCUUCUGGCCCGCCGGCCUCCCCGUCUGUCACUAACACCUCUUCUCUGGGGAGGGCAUCUCUCGGGCUCAGCUCACAGUUGAAGGGUAAAAAGCCGCCCCCCGUGGCAUCCAACGGGGUUACAGGAAAAGGCAAGGCUCUGAGCAGUCAGCAAAAAAAAGCUGAUUCAGCGGCUGGUGUGAAGCGAACGCCUUCAAAUGCUGACCAGUACAAAUAUGGCAAGAACCGGGUGGAAGCGGAUGCCAAGCGGCUGCAGGCCAAAGAGGAGGAGCUGCUGAAGAGGCGGGAAGGCCUGCGGGACAGGCUGGCCCAGCUGCGGAAGGAGAGGAAGGGCCUGCGGGCCGCCAUCGAAGUGAACACCGGCAGGAAGACCCAGGUGAUCCUGGAAGAGAAGCUGAAGAAGCUGGAGGAGGAAUGCAAGCAGAGGGAGACGGAGCGCGUCAACCUGGAGCUGGAGCUGACAGAGGUCAAGGAGAGCCUCAAGAAAGCCCUGGCCGGCGGGGUCACCCUGGGGCUGGCCAUCGAGCCCCGGCCGGGGACGUCGAGUCCACAGUCUCCAGUUUUUAGGCACCGGACUCUGGAGAACUCGCCCAUGUCCAGCUGUGAGACCAGUGAUGCAGAGGGCCCAGUGCCCGUGAACAGUGCGGCCGUCCUGAGGAAGAGCCAGCCGGCCCCCGCCAGCUCCCCCUGCCGGGGACACGUGCUUCGGAAGGCCAAGGAGUGGGAGCUGAAGAACGGGACAUAGAGCUCGCGGAUGCCCAGCUCGCACAGCGUCGUCCCAUCGCGUGGCCGCAGGGAGCUGGCCCGGGCGCUCCAGCAGCAGGACUCGGGGUUUGCAGCUGGACCAGGACCCAGGACCUGGGGGCCAGGACCCGGGCCUGCCCGCUGUAUCCUCUUUACUGUAUAAUGGUUCCCUUUAAAGAGAUUUACUUGUAACACUUGGGCUUCCAACUUCAUUUGUUUAAAGUCAGAAAAGGGCCGGAAGGUAUUGUGAGAGCCUCCCCUGGCGGGUGGAGACGCUGCAUCUUCCCACCCAGGUAAAUGAUUGCUUUCACCAGUCUCAGCACUCCCGGCCCAGACUGAAGAUGAACGGCCAGCAGGCCCUGGACGUGCUCCGUGCCCCCGGCGGGGGUGUGAGUGUGAGGCGUGGGCCUCGGGCUGCCCGCCCCUCGGCCAGGAGGAUCCAGGGAUGUCGCUGCAGCGUGAACAGCAGGAACCCGCACCCCGGGUCUCCGCCCCCCUCUCCCCACACGCCCGGCCCCCUCGUCACUAGGGGUAAUGGCGCGGCAGAAUUGUGCUGUGAAGCGUUUUUUACCUUUUUUUAAAAAAUUUUCUGGACAGUUGCUUCUGUCGCCAGGAUAUGAAAAGCUGCCACGCUUCUUUAAACUUUAAAAACUUUUCUCUUUUUCUCCUGUGCCACGCUUACAGCUGCAAGGGUUUUUCAGAGGUUCUGUGUCAUAUUGUGUUAUUUGUACGGCUUUUGAAAGGCAGCAGUGUUUUCGAUAUUUCACACCUAUGUGUCCUUCCCGGCUUUUCCCAGCGUCCAAACCCCUUCUACCCCUUCAGAGCAAGCGGGUGGCCCUCAGACACCUGGUCGGCCUCGGGGUGAUGGUCACACGCAUUCCCGAGGGGCGCGUACGCCCUUUGAAAGGCAGCAGGUUCUGGGAACUGCACAGCUUUAGGGCAGAAGAAGGACCCCCGAGAGCUCCUCUCCCACCCCCGCCCCUGUGACCCACCAGGGGACUUGGUUUUACUGUUUCCCUCAGGGCGCGGCCGCCAGGUAGGGCCUCUCUGAGUUUCCCCGUUUGCCUCCAGAGGGAUGUUUCUCGAAGCCUCCAGACACUAAGGCGUGAAGGGGACAGGCCAGUUCCCAGGUAGAGGUAAUGUGGGUCCGAGAACCAGGCCGGCUCUCCUCUGUCUGCAGAGGGACCUCUCAGGAAUUCUCCUUGUGCGGCCACUGCCCGGAAAAUCUAUCUCUCACCCCGGAGCCCUCGGCAGACUGACCGAUGGGACCAAAUCACACGCGGGAUGGGCUCCUUCUGCCUGCAGUUGGUGGAGGCCUGCCGUCCUCUGCUUCUCAUCAGAUACAGGAGCAGGAAGCAAGAAAACCGUGCGCCUGCGAGCACAUCCCGGGGCGCCCACGGCCUCCGGGCCUUGCCAGUCAGGGUUGGAGUGGCCCUCGAGGCCAGCACGGGCCCGUUUGGUUUCACUGACCAGAGCCAGAGUGCGGUCUCAGCGGCUAACAAAGUUCUGCAGCAGGACAUGCAGGCUGGUUAGCUGGAGUCCACCUGAAACCUGGAUUUGUUGCGAAGCCGUCUGCCAGGUCCGUGGGCUGCCUGCUGGCGGCCUCACCUGCACGUAGCACGUUGGGCCCCCCAACCCUGACCCCGGGAAAUCCAAGUAGGAAGCGGGGAGCGAGGGGCCUCCCCAAGCCUCAGGCCCACCUUCCCGGCCCUGCUGGGGAGGAGGAGCCCCUCUCCCCGUGUUCUCGCAUCAGCGUAGGAAGCUGGCAUCGUAGGAAGCUAACUUUCUGUAAAGGGGAAAAGUGGGGUCUUGGCUGCCUUCCGGUCGAAUGAAUGUUCCCCAGAUAAGGCUCUCAGGCUAUCCUGGUUGGCAGCCAGCUUGGCCCACGACAGCAGCCAGAUUUGAUGGUUGCUCAGGAGGGAAGACGUGACCUUAGCCCGGGAGCAGGUGGGCACAGGUGGGCGGGCCGUUAGCAGAGGUCACCGCAAAUGUCACCUCGACCAUCGCUGUGGGUCACGCCCAAGGACACAGCCAACUGGUCCCAGAGCCGGGAUUUGCACCCUGGCCUUAAGGCUCCUGGUGUACAUAUUCUGUGUUUAAAAACGCCAGGUUUUUAAAUUCACUUUCACAACCAAAAGCCUGUUAAAGAGGGUGGUGGAUUCAGUCCCGUUACGUCCCCCGGAGCCAUUUAAAGCGGCCCCGCGGAAGCCGAGGCCGCCAGCGUCACGCGGAAGCCGAGGCCGCCAGCGUCGGGCUCCUUUGAUGCCCUUGAGGUGUUGCCCUCGAUGUCUUUAGAUUUGAUCAGAAAGUUAGUUUAAAGCGUUUGCUUCAAAAUAAGUUAUUUAUUUGUAUAUGUUCGAUAAAUAUAGUUUUUAAUUUAUAUCUGUACAUAUUAGACACACCGUGGACAUCCUGCCAGCACCCUGGCAGUGAUCUCAUCGCCCCCCCUUAUCUCAGGGCAGCCGGGAGACAGCGGUGACAGAGCCAGGCUGCGGGGGUGGCCCGGCCUUGGCCCUCGCUCCGGGGUGCAGGUCACCAUCCCCUCGGAGAAGUGGAUUCUUGAGAAAUGUCCCCAUUCCUCUGACAGACAGUCAUGGUCACAGAGUGCUGGCCAAACUGUAACAGGAUCCUAACUGAAAUGAGACACGUGUGGUGGCCAGACCGGGGGCUGGCGUGAGACCGCCACCCUCUGCGGGCCACGGGGCCCUUCCCUUAGGACAGAGGCCAUCGUCAGCCUCAGGCGUCUGCUUCUGGCUUUGGUGAGGGGUCAUCAACUUCAAAGUCCUCUCCAUUUUUAUAUUUUUAUAAUGUUUUUCAUUCACGAGCCUUUUGCACAGAGAUACAUUGAUGGUGAGAGGGCGCGCUGGGUCACCCCUGACGUGGGCUCAGGUGCAGGUGACCACCCCCUGCCCAGAGGCCGCAGACGGUCGGCCAGGGCCGGGGAGCCAGCAGCCCUCCCGCCCGGCCCCGGGACGGUCCUCUGUGGGGACCCAGUGGGUCUGGGGAUGCUCCCAGCUUCUGGGGCUCUGCACAACGGUCUCCCCGGGGCUCUUCUCUUGGCCGCAUGUGUAGAACUAGUCGUGGCCCCUCGGUUCAGACACCUUGGGGUUGUCUGACCGUCCACCUUAUUCAUCUUGCUGGUCCCUGAGUCAUUUUGGGCUCCUUCUGAAAACCCAAGACGACUCUGAUAGGUUGGAAUGUGCCACCUUUGAAAAGUGUCUCAAAAACUGUGUGUCCUGGGCCCUGAAGACCGCCCCCAGGGAGGAGUUUCAGAUUCCUGUUAAUCGUGGCAACAGUUUGGAAUCUGUGUACAGGUUUCCAAGGGGACAGCUUUGCAGCUGGGGUAGGCCCGAUGGUCGUGGGCAGAACUCCGUGGUUGGCGGCCCCAUUUAUUCUUUCCAGAAGAGUAACUCUAUCAGCACGUAAAUUUUGCCUACGGACCUACUUCAGCAGGCAGCGUUCUCUGGUUAUUCACCACGUCCUGCGACAGGAACCUUCCCGGGCUGGGCACGGGGGUGGGCGCUCGGGCAGGACCUCUCCCGCCAGAGCAAUCAGGCGUCUGCGGCGGCUGCAUCCCAGCCCGGCCCCCGCACAGCCCAGGGGAUGCCUUUUCCAGGAGCAGGGGGCCUGCCCGUCUCCACCGCGGCUCACGUGAAGGUCAUGGCAACACCUCAGUGUUAAACUAUGGCCUUCCUCUUUUCUUUCUAAAUUAAGUUCCUUAAAUAAUUUCAGACUGUGGCAUAGUUUUAAAGAGGGUAAUUUUAUUGUUCUUGUUGUCAUUACUGUCUUCUUAUCCCCACGACGGGCUGGGUUGAUACUGUGAAAUAAACUAAAAAUAAAUAAACUAACAUUUUCACCCCCCCCCCCCACGCACACGGUGCAGCAUCACAGAAAGCCCCUCAGUGACCCCCGAGCCCUAGCGGGAUAGCGUGUCAUUCGUGAAGGUGAGGGAGCUUCACGCCCAGGGAACUGGUGGCCUCACAUGCACCCUCUUGCCCAUCUUUUGUGAAAUAAUUCACUUACGUCCUUCCAGAAAAGCCCAGCUUGACAGCAUACAAGUAUUACCAGGUAUUUCUGUUAGUUGCCACGGAAAACAUUUUCGAGAUGGGAUCAUCAGAUCAUAAUUCUUAGGGACCAAAGGUGUUUUUAAUAAGAUAAUCUUUGUAUUUGAUCUUUUUAACGAGAAAGGAAAUAUUAACUUUAAACUUUAGCAUCAGCUUUUAAAUUAUAGAGAUUCAGCAUUAAUUGACCAUGGCUAUAAGUUGUAAAAUGUUUGUUUUCAUAUUAAGAAUGUAAUUAUUUCCUUAUUGUAUUUUUUAAAAACUAAAGUCAUAUUUAAAAUUCUCUUUGAAAGAAACAGGCAAGAAACAGGAAAGAUUUUUUUAAUUAAAUAUGUUGGCAGUGUCCAUUUUAAAUAACUGUAAAUAUAUUUUCACUGUGUUUCGCAAUGUAUUUAAUUCAUAAAGUAAAAAGUUUUAUCAGAAGAAACUUGCAUUGGAAAUACUCGUUUUCAGUCCAUUUGCCCGGAUUUUGUAGUAGCCUUACUUGAAUUUUCUGCUUUACUAAUGGAUUUUUCUACAGUUCUACACAGUGUAGCCCGCAGACUGGCGCCCUCGGGCGUGCCUCAUUUGUGUAUUCUUAAUAAACUCGCUGUUCCAACUCGG